AUGGACGUGAUGCUCAGCCCGAAGAAGCUCAUCAAAAUGACCAAGAAGUUGCAGAAGGUACCUGUUAUUGGGAGGAAGAGAACUUCACACCCAACAGUCAUUGGCAGUAACAAGAUGAAUAGUACUACAGCAGAUAAGGGCACUUUUGUCAUCUACACCCUUGACAAGAGACGUUUUAUGCUUCCUUUAUCCUAUCUCUGUAACCACAUUUUCCAAGAGCUCUUUAAGAUGUCUGAAGAAGAGUUAGGAAUAUCGAGAAGCGGUCCUAUCAUUGUUUGUCAAGUUAAAAGUUUUGCCACCGAUUACUUAUUGGUGUUCUAUGCUGCAUUAGAAACUGGAGCAAUGGGGACUGACAUUGGAUGGGUGGCCGCAUGGUGGCUAAUGAAGAAAACAGUGGCCUAUGCCCACCAUUAA